AUGCCAUCUGCCCUUCUCGCCGCCGCCGCCGCGACGAGCUCCCAGGCAGUGACCAACGUGACGCAUGGUCGCUCUCUGGUCGCGCACGACAUCUCGCGCGCGGGCACCUUCUGCCUGGGCGGCAAGCUGGUGCCGCUGACUUUCCUGCUCGGCUGCCAGCGCUGCGGCAGCAACAGCCUCUACGAGGAUAUCGUCGGGAGCAUCCGCGGCGCGCGCUCCGGCCACGCGCUGCGCGGCGAGCCCGACUACUACGCACGAGAACAGCACUUUUACGCCACCGACAGCUGGUCGCGCGGGAUGGGCUUCUACGCCGACCACUUUCCGGAGUGCCCGGGCCGGAACGCGCACCCGCAGUACCAGUUCACCGUCGACGCGACCCCCGCGUACCUCCGGAAGCCUAUCGUCGCCGACCGCCUCCAAGCCACGCUGCCUGGCGCCGCGCAGCCGCUCCUCAAGUUCGUCGUCAUCUUGCGCGACCCCGCCCUUCGGCUCUACGCGUACUGGGACGCCUUCGUGCUGUCUGGCACCGGCGUCAAGAACUUUGACAACUGGCUCAAGGUGACGAUGGACGCGGGCGUGGCCGCGGGCGUGUACCACGCGCAGCUCGAGUACUGGUUCAAACGGUUCGGGCCGAAGCGCUUCCUCCUCACGUCGACGGACGCCUACGAGGAGGACACACAGCGCGUGGUCAAGGACGUCUCGCACUUCCUCACCGGCUCGGCCGAGCUCGCCUCGCCCGCACGCCACCCGUCCAACAUCGACUCGAUCAAGGUGUUUGGCGGCAUGUCGAGCGACGCCCGCACCAAGCUGGGCCGCUUCUACCAGCCGCACAACUCCAAGCUGCUCCACCUGCUGACGCACCAGACGCAGGUCACCUUCUCGCCCUCGGUCAAGCAGUUGGGCGUCCAGGGCUGGAUCGCGGGGGGGUAG